ACCGUUGCCUUAGGGAUCACAGAACAGCUGAUUACAUUAUAAGGUGCAAAAAAGCCGCGGCUUCAGGGCUCUCACUUUUAAGGUAAUUACCUUAGUUUAAGGUAAUUUAGAUACUUUUAAGUUAAUGUCUAAGGUAAUGCAAUUUUUAAGGUAUUUCUAAGGUAAUUUGAGUAUAUUUAGGGUAGUGUUUAAGGUAAUUGUUAAAUGCAAUUCUGAUAUACUGUAAUAGCCAAAAUGGGAUGAUAUUUAUGGUUCUGAACAACAACCCCAGUAUAUUCUGCACCACAAACUAUUCUUUACAAAGACUUGGCGAGUCUGGUUCACGUACAGUACAAGUUCAAUUCAGAAGUCGAGAAUAUCAUGACUCCCAUACCCGGUUGUGGACGCGUUCCGUACUCGUCACUGGCUUGUCAUCUAUAAAUACUCUCCGUCGUGACGACGUCGGUACUCUGUUCACAACAACCGUAGCAAACUGCUGGACACAGUAGAUGGCAUCCCAAUACUCGUCUACUCCUGAGGCAGCGGCGAGCAAUGACGGUCGUGAGGUGGAUGGAGACGCGGGUUGAAGCGAGCCCCGCGCUAUCUCCACAUGUGGUGGACUUGGAGGUAUGUAGUUCCACCAAACAGACUCCAGAGCAGAUGGUGAAAUUGGAGAAGUGGCUGAUGGAGGAGGAGGAUGUCUUCAGCCGAGAUGCACAAGACCUUGGCUGUACGUCGCUGGUUCACCCCUCCAACACGGCAGACAGUCCGCUGAUGAAGCAGCCACAUAGCAGUGUCCCGUUGGCCAGGAGAGAAGAGAUGAGGCUGCCUCUGGACCUGGCCACUGGACAAACACCUGAGGAAGAACUACCACAGACGGCGCAUGAGGUGGUAGUGACGUUGCAGCAGCGGAUGGAGACUACGCGGCGACAGGUGGCGAACAAUCGCCGUCUCGCGGGGCAAGCCAUGACCCGCCGCUACCAGCUGCGACGCUCAGUAUGCGGUGUGGGAUUGCGGCUGGCGGUACAAGCCUCGUAAGAAACGAGGCACCACUCUGAAGAGACUGGAGAAUUACUGGGAACGUGGGAAGGCCGUACACCGCUCUGCAACGACUCCCAGCCGUCACCUACAAGCUGGACGUUGCCACAAGCAGGAGGCGGCGCAUCGCCCACGUCGGCCGCCGGUGGGCUGUUGUGGGGGAAGGAUACUUGUGGGGCCAGCAAGGACCACCCUCGUCGCCGGACAAGUGAGGUGAGGAGCGACAGCGAGGUGGUGGGUGACGGCGAUAAAAACUAUGUUGCAGUCUGUUGUGUUGUGACAGUGAAUAGUCGGGACGACUAAAUUUCGUGGGGGAGG